UCUAAUUCUCUUCAUCCAUCCGAGCGGUAAUACGCUACCAAAGCUUGCACCAAUACUCGCUCCUCUCUGUCCAUUAAUUUCUUAGUUGACAUGGCGAUUCCGGUCAUCGAUUUCUCCAAGUUGGAUGGCAAGGAAAGGGCCGAAACCAUGGCCCGGAUUGCCAAUGGAUGCGAGGAAUGGGGUUUCUUUCAGCUGGUGAACCAUGGGAUUCCGGUCGAGCUGCUGGAACGCGUGAAGAAGGUCAGCUCCGAGUGCUACAAGUUGAGGGAGGAGCGCUUCAGGGGAUCCAAACCCGUUCAGCUGUUGGACACACUGGUGAAAGAAGGCUAA